GAGAGAUAAUGACAGGGAGGCAGAGGGAGGCUUUGAGACAGCGUUAGAACAGACAGUGAGCAGAGAGAAUGGGACUUUGGAGGAUAUAGAGAUAGAAGAUAGGCUGGGGAAGACAGACAGAGAAAAGUCAGUCAGACAGCAGAGAGAAUCAUCUUUGAAACAGUGGGAAUGACACUUUAAGUGAAAGAGAGAGUCAGCCAGACGGAGUACAUCAGAGUGCUCUCCUUCCAUCUUUAACUACUCCUCUUCUGUCCUGGUCCUGGCUGCUGCUGGUGUGUUUGUGUGUGUCAAGGCUCCAUGGUGUGUCUUAACCAGAAGACUGGCUUGCACAGAUGCCUCUCUCAGUGGCGGAGUCUGCAGUGAAUAUCUGAAACCCCAUCUUCCUCUUCCUCUGCGGCCAACAUGUCCCAGCUGCUCCAUGUGGAGAUCCCGAACUUUGGAGCCACAGUUCUGGGCUCCCUUAAUGAGCAGCGUCUGCUGGGACACUACUGCGAUGUAUCCAUCCUGGUCAAAGGUCAGGCAUUCAAAGCCCACCGGGCCGUUUUGGCUGCCAGCAGCCUCUACUUUCGUGACCUCUUCAGCAGCUCCACCAAGACCCAGUUUGAGUUGCCCUCCUCAGUCACACCUGCUUGCUUUGAGCAAAUCCUCACUUUCUGCUAUACAGGGAAGCUAACAAUGGCAGCUAGCGAACAGCUGGUGGUCAUGUACACAGCUGGCUACCUCCAAAUUCAGCAUAUAGUUGAAAGAGGCAUGGACCUAAUGUUCAAAGCCAACUCACCUCACUGUGACUCGCAAACAGCAGGGUCCUUAGAGGAAGCAGGAUCCGAACCGCAGAGUCCUUCCAAUAAUGGGAACGGUCUAGCAGUAGCCGCCCUUUUGGGAGCCCCAGGCUGGUCUCCAUCCCUACUCUUGCAGCGUAAGAUUAAACUAGAAGCGGGUGACCCGGCACCUGUGACAGUACCCUUGACUCAAAGCAAGAUUACAUCUUCGGAGUUGGGGAGUCGGCUGACGAGGGGCAGUUCAUUGUUCUACACAACGGCCGGAGGGACCCCCAUCCCUGGUUUGCCUUCUUACCACCUUCAAGGGGCCAGUGGAGGUGGAGCUGGAGGAGGAGCUGGAGUUGAAAGAUCCAGUCCUGGAGCAUCCAGCUUGCCCACCACUGACAGUCCGACAUCCUACCAGAAUGAGGAUGAGGAGUUUGAGGAAGAGCCCUAUGACGGGAUCGCAGAGGAUACCUACAGUCAUCUCUAUGGACGUUCAGCUAACCCUUAUGGGAUCCAGGACAAGCCGGAGAUGGCAGCGAUGCCCUUGGCCUUGGAGAACCGCAACUGUGUGCUGAUCCGCCGGGACCUGGUGGCGCUGCCUGCAAGCCUCAUCAGCCAGAUAGGCUACCGCUGCCACCCUAAGCUCUACACAGAGGGGGACCCUGGGGAGAAGCUGGAAUUGGUAGCUGGUACGCAGGUGUUCAUGACUCGAGGCCAGCUGAUGAACUGUCAUCUAUGUGCCGGUAUUAAACACAAAGUCUUGCUCCGUCGUCUCCUAGCCACGUUCUUUGAUAGAAACACUUUAGCCAAUAGCUGUGGGACAGGUAUCCGUUCUUCUACUAGUGACCCCAGUAGGAAGCCCCUGGACAGCAGGGUCCUCAACGCUGUAAAACUUUACUGUCAAAAUUUCAACCCUAACUUCAAAGAGAGUGAAAUGAAUGUGAUUGCUGCCGACAUGUGCACAAAUGCGAGGCGUGUCCGCAAGCGAUGGUUGCCCAAGAUCAAGUCCAUGCUGCCUGAUGGAAUGGAGGUCUACCGUGCAGGAAUGGGCAUGGGUGCUGCUGUGGGUCUGGGCCUGGCGCUGGGUGCCCCUCAACAAGGGGUACCUCUCCCCUUCGAGCCUGACUUCAAGACCCUAGAGCAAAGGUUGUAUCCAGAUCGUAAAGACCCUCUCAGGACUCACCCAACACUGACAGAGGGCAGCCCUGGGUCUGGGGCAGCUGGAGCAGAGGCUGAAGGUGAAGGUGAAGGAGUCGCCCAGGAGGAACAGGAGGAAGAGGAGGAUGAAGCUGGGUUAGAAGGUGUAGAUGGAUCACUGGGGGCGCCAACCUUGAUCCCAGGGGCUGAGGCAGGCAAUUGUGGUGACACGCCGCCUGAGCAGGAAGUGGAAAGUUUUGGACAAGGUCUGAGGGUCAAUGGACAGUGAAUGUCCUUUAGGGCUGCCUCUCACAUUGUGAAAUCUGUUUAACACCACAUUUUUUUUGCUUGCAUCUCGUCCACCACUCUUUCUUCUCCUCUGUGCUUCCUCAACAGGAAUUAUCAGCACAAAACGCUGCGCUCGUAGAUCUUACUAACAGAAACUUGUCACACAUGCAUGCGCACACGUGUGCUUGCAUACUUACCGAUAGUGGAAGUAGACACAGGCAUGGCAUUAGCAAAUCGAGAAAAUCAAUAAUUUCUCCUCCACCCUUUUCUUCAUAUAUUCAGUAUUUACUCAGUAUUUCAGCACCCGCAGCAAUAUUACAAAGGCCUGAUAGCAGAACAAAUGGCUGUAAUGAUUCAUGAUUUCAGUGCAAUACAAAAGCAACAGCUGCUUUGCUGGCAGUUUAUGGAGCGUGGUAUAAUGGUUUGUAAAAUGAUUCCGUUUUCUUGGAAAGGUACAUCUGAAAAUAACCCAUGUAACCUUGGAAAAACGGAUCAGAGAAACACAGAUCUCUUAAAAAGCAGGGUAUUGUGCAGUGUUUGCCUACAUUACUCCAUAUUGUUAUAUGGUAAAUAUGUGUAGAUAUAUAACAAAGACUGUAUUAUAAGCAAAGGUCAAGUAUUGUAUGAACACCAUUAAACUACACAGUUUUUAUUUCCUGUUAAAAGAACACGUCAUUUAACAAUGAAGAUGAGGAAAGGUUUUUCUGGGAAAGCUAAAGACUUCUCCAUAAUCUAACAAAUAAUCUAUCACAUGGAGUUGUUUUUUCAUGCAUAUUUGCCCGUGACACAUUGGAUUAGAUUGUCAAUGUGAUGCCUGUGUCUGCUCCAGACAGCCCCUCCCAAACACACACACACAUAUACAGAGACACACACACAUGUGCGCACAUUUCCCACCUUAUGAUACUAGCCUUUAAUACCUGCACCAAUACAUAGAAAACACACCAUUCAAAAAAAAAAAAAAAAAAAGUAACAACGCUUUUUAAACUUUGAAAAAUCCUUUUAAAUUACAUUAUUCUGUCUUGGAGAUACAGAGAGAGACAUGAACAAGAACAUGCACUAAAAUCCAAGCUUGCAUGCAUGAAUACAAACAAUGGAUACAGAGAAUUACUGAAAACAACAGCAAACCACAAACCUGCAUCUAAAUAAGAAAACAGCUAUUGUUGCCUCGAAAUAUGCCAUUAAUACGCAAAAGAACUCUUUUUUCCGUUUCUCACUGGGACAUUUCUCACAGACCUCAGUCUGACACAUGUUAGAACUGACCUGGGUGUGACCCAGGAUUGACUUUGUUUGACACAGUACUGAUUGGAUUUUCUUUUCUUUUUUUUAAACUACGGAGUGUACUGUCACCACAGGUAGAGGAGCCUGACUAUAUGGAGUAGUAAGAAGAAGUGCACUACACCAAGUGGUAGAAGAAAAGAUGCCAGAGAGAAACACUGUUUCACCAUGAUGUGGUGGUGUGACUGGCACCAAUAGUCCUGCUUCCAUCCUGUUUUUUUUUUUUUUUUUCCUGGGGCGGAGGGGGUGGGAGUGUUGGGGGGUAAAUUAUUGAAUAAAACUUAUAAGAGCAAUUUCUGCUGGCUUAUUGCAUUUGCACUCAAAAAAAAGUGAAAGGUGGGUAACUAAGGAGACAAAAUAUGACUAUACUAAAAACUCCACACCACCCUGAUUAUUUAUUGGAAUAGGGUAUUGUGGGUUUGGAAAGAAACAAAUGGUCUUUCUGAUAAUGACUGUUUCUGUAGUUUGAAAGGGGGUGGCAUGAGGCAAUGUCAAACAGCGACUUAAACCUGUAUCUGCCAUAGUCAUUUUCUUUUUUGAUAAAUGUUUUCAUGCUUUCUGCCACGCAUAAGGACGCAGUCCAAACAGCCUUUCAUUGUUGGUUUGUGCAUUGAUUUUGAAAGAUACAUUCUUGUAUGUCCUCUUCAGUUUUCUGGGUUUUCCUGCUCAGCAGUCAAAGCACAUUUCCUCACAAAAUCAUACCAUCUAAUCUAGUAAAUGAAUGAACCCCAAAGUUAUUUUAAGCCAUCGCCAUUUUGGAAAAUAUAGUUAAUUACAAAGUGGUUUAAAAAAUAAAUCAAUCCGAUUGCAGAAAGUGACACCAUAAAUGUGCAACUAAGCAGAAAAAAACAGUAUAUGCCCUCAAUAUAUUUGUAUAUGCUUCAUUGCUGUGCCACUUCAAAGGUUGGGCCACAUUAUCCUCUCUUUGUGUCCUACGUAUGUUUUGGUUCUUUGGGGGAAGCUUUAAGAUGGCCCUGCACAAGAAACACAGGGUUAAAAUUGCACUAGGUGAUAUUAAUGACGUUUACAGAAUCUUUUUUCUUUGCUUUUUUUUCUAUUAAAUUUUUUUUCUUUUUUUCUUUUAUUUUCUUUCUUUUUUGGGGGGGGGGGGGGGGAGGAAUGUGAUCUGCCAUAGAUAAAACAGGGCUGUGACAGAAUGGCUGAGAUGAUGGAUGAAUGUAAACCGUAGCACUGCUUUGGUGAGGGCCCCAAGCCUUGAUUGAAUUUGGUAAAAUACUGAAUCUCUUUUUUUAUAUGACUCACAUCUUUCUACAAUUGUAUAUUCUUUAAAAUGGGCCAUAUAAGGAAAUUAAUCUAACUGUGAGGUUGUAUGAUGUUCUAACCUAAAGCUUUAAUAAUUUUGUGAUUUUUUUUUUAAUUGAUAUGAAGAGGUCUUCCAGUGUGGCAAACACCAAGGAACAUUUCUUUAAUAUGUAGAAAACAAGGUUCAAGUACUGGCUUAUAUUAUUAUAUUGUUUAUACUAUCUUUAUCCCAGCAGUUAGUUCUCUAAUGUUGAAAUGACCUGUGUUCACAAAACUGAGAAAUCCUUAAAAAUUCUGUGUAGAUAUUCUUUAAGGUUUAGCAAAUUAUUUCUUAUCUCAUUUUUAAUUUAUUAAGUGUCAAUUCCUGAAGUUGCUCUUGUAAAAAAAAAAAAUAAUAAUAAUAAUAAUAAUAAAAAAAGGUAUUCAGUUUUUGUUGGAGCCACUACUUUAAUUACAAGACUUUUGAGUGGAUCAUUUGCACUUGUGAAUUUGCCAACCGAGGUAACAAGUCUUCCCAAAAUACCUACAUAUAUAAACACAAUAAUUAAUUUAGAUUACAAAAUAGCUUGCAACUGCCAUCCCAAAAAAUUAACCCCCUGUACUCUACUGUUAAACUGUGCAGUAAAUAGAACAUACAUUUGGUCUUUUUCUCUCCCUCUGCAUUUUCAUGCACAAUAAAUCUAUGCUUUUUGUUUUUCCUGA